CGUCGGACACACUUUCCACCACGUCAGUGCCGAAUUUGCCUCGAAUUAGUCCACGCAACGUUCCAUGAUGCUACAACCUCCGCCUUGCCUUCCGCGUUUGCAUCGCCUCCACGAGUUGUAUACGAGAGUGAGGAAGGAGGCAGACUGCUGUCACCAUGUCGCUGCAAGGGUACUCAGAAAUACGUGCACGAGGACUGCCUGAGCUCGUGGCGGCGCGCAGAUCCCCUUCAGAAACGUAAUUAUUGGCAGUGUCCUACGUGCCAUUACAGGUACCGCCUGCAGCGACUAAAUUGGGCAAGCUGGCUCAGCAGUACAGCCUGUCAGAUUGGUUUGACUCUCCUCAUUUUUGUCUCAUGCAUCUUCGUCUUGGGUUUCGUGGCUGAUCCCAUCAUCAACCUUUACCUCGAUCCGCUUACGACGAUCACAACUGCGGGCGGACCCACAGGGUCUCUGAUGUACGAGGAUGAACCGACUACCUGGGUGGAGCAUUUCAUCAAAGGAAUGGCUUCAUUGGGCUUACUUGGCUUCGCCAAAUUCUUGUUCACGCUCUCUCCAUUCCAGUGGUUCAACAUGCGCGGCACAAACAUUGUCAUGGGUCGCAGCAAUGCUGGUGGCAGCGGUCGAGAUCGUCUCUCACAGAUCUCGUGGAUCACGAUCGUUAUCGGCAUUGUGACGUUUCUCUAUGCUGUCUGGAAAGGUGUUCGAGCAUGGAGCAAGAGGACCCUGGAGAAUGCGAGUGAGCGCGUCCUUGAUGUGCGGCAGGAUGGUGAUGACGACGAUGAU